AUGUCGCAGCAACCGCACGAUAUGGGUUACCUUGACUAUGGUACAUCAACCAAUCGCUCCCCGAACUCGAGACAGAACUAUGCUACGGCCGGUGGUUUCGCUGGCCUCUCACUACCUCGCCAAUCCCAACGCCCUUUUGACGCUCCUCUAGGCUCAUCUGCUCUUUACCCUGCCGACAGGAUCGGAAGUGGGUACAACCAGCGUGGUAUGGAGAACAUGGCUGGUAUGCAGGGCUACAUGCUGGAUAAUGGCCAAGCUUGGAACUACAACACAACCGGAGUCGCCACAGUGAACGGUGCCUUGAAUGGCCCUGGACGGCAACGAAACGUGAACCGACGAGCCGCUCUUCCCCAGAACUGGACCGAUCACAGCGCGCUUGGUAUUCAUGGUAACCAUGGAGGUCUUCAGCCCUACCAAGGAGGCAUGAACAACAACCCCAUGUCAAAUGGUGGUCUCCGUGUUGAGCACCCCGGAUCUCACGGCUCCCCCACUGAUCUUCGAUCAAACACCUCAGACGCCGACCAGCUUAUCCCUACAGCUAUUGUUAUUAAGAACAUCCCUUUUGCCGUUCGAAAAGAGACUCUGGCUUCUAUCAUGCUUGAGAUGCACCUCCCUCAGCCAUAUGCUUUCAACUACCACUUUGACAAUGGCGUCUUCAGAGGCCUGGCUUUCGCGAAUUUCCAGUCUGCCGAGGAUACACGCAUGGUGAUUGAGGCGAUGAACGGCAUGGAUGUCCAUGGCCGUAAAUUACGCGUUGAGUACAAGAAGAUGCUCCCUGAGGCUGAGAGGGAGAGGAUUGAACGCGAGAAGCGAGAACGACGAGGCCAACUUGAGGAGCAGCACCGUGCUCCCAUGCUACACCAGCAAAGCUCUAUCCAGUCACUUGGUAGUCUUUCACAGUCUCAAGCCAGGGGCCCAUCGCACCUCGGCAUGCUCGAGGCAUCUCGUGUUCAGUCUCCGGCGCUGACCAUGCCAGGCGAUGUUGAUUUGAACGACCCCCAGACUCUCGAGUUCUACACUGAAUUGGUUAUGUUCCGUCGCGACGACUCCCGAGAGGUUCUGGUCUUCCCUGCUGGUAUCGCUCCUGAGCAUCGACGAUCCAUCCACAUUCUCGCACACAAUAUGGGCCUUGAGCACCAGUCCGUGGGCGAUGGCGAAUCGCGCCAGCUUACGGUGCUGAAGCGACAACAGCCGUCACCCACCGCCCACAUCCACAGUCAGCCAGGCACCAACCUGGACAUGCAUAAGCGUGGCCUCAGCCGUGCUGCUACAUUUGACUUUGCCGCUGACCGUGAGACACGAGCUGCCAGCAGCAAUUACUCCCACAUGAUGGGUCGACAGGGUCCCACUAUCGAGCUUCCCGGAAGCCCUGAAGGCAACGGCAUUCCCAACAACCUUCGAGCCGCCAAGAGCUUUGCUGAUCUGCGAUCCUUCACCCCGAGCCCUUCGCAGGCUUCCUCCAGCUACCUCGCUCCUUCGGGAAUGAACAACAUGGGUGGUAGCUCGACUGCUGCUCGCUUCGGUGACUACAUGGGAGGUGCCAUGUCACCUUCUGGCCACCCUGGCAACUCUGGGACACCUGGACCCAAGAAUGACUCUGCUCUUCUGAGCAGCCUCAACAGCCUGAACUUGGGUUAUGACUCUGCCUCCAUGCAGAACCAGGCGCGAAGCACUCCUGGCGCUAUUGGCAGCCAGCGCCCCGGUAACAGCUCUAAGGGAGCACCCGAGCGACAGCCUCGCGGACCUGAGUGGGAGACCAAUGCCGGAUUUGCUGGGCGACGUGCUAACGGCCACGCCACGCGCGGUAGUGGUGACUCAUCCGACAACGGAGCACGCGUCGGUUCAAGCUCAACCAACGCUUCGCGAUAUCACUGA